GGCCCUAAAACGGCAGCUAGAGCGAAUCGAAUUGCUCAAGCGUAAAAAGCUUGCCGGGAAGGUGGUCUUGGCGGCCGAGGUAUCUCAGGAGAUUGGUAACGUGAAGUCCUGCGUCGGUGAUGUUAUUUCGCGUUUUGCAGUUCGUUUUGUCCGUUUUCUGACUGAUUGAUGACUGACUGAGGCAUAAUCUAUAGACUGUCGCGACAACUUUGAAUCUCCUUCACACAAUUCAGUUAUCGGUGGAUUGUUCGUUUUUUCUCGGUUGAAUUCCACUGCUUUAACUCAAUUAUAUUUCAGAUGAACUCUCAAAACUGUAUAAAACGGAUGCAGAUUACUACGCUGUUCGCAGCAAGUCGGAAUGCGUGGAAGGCACGCAUGCUGGGAUCCAGACAUCGAUACUCGACCAGUUACAGAAAGGGAAGCACCGAUUUGUAUGGUUACGAGGCUCUCCGGGGACUGGAAAGACUGCUAUAUCAAUGAGCAUUGCCUCCACCCUCGACAAACAGGGUGGCUUGGCGGCGUCUUUUUUCUGGGAUAUAACUCAAAAAGGAACGGGACUCGAUUCGAUCGAACAUUUUCCAUCCACCCUCGCACGUCAGCUUGCCUUGUUCAAUGCAGACUAUGAGAACUUGCUCGUCAGGCAUCUGCGACAGCAGCCAUCACCGAAGGAUGUUCCGGGUUCUACUCUGAAGAAGCAGAUGGAGGCCUGGGUUAUCGAUCCUAUGCGAGAGCUUGAACAGUUGCUGUCCUUGAGUGAGGAGCACUUCAUCAUCGUUUUAGAUGGUCUCAACGAAUGUGGUGAUCAGGAGGCACUCCAGUCACUCAUGGAGCUCGUACUUUCCCUGGCUGAGCUUCCGGACCCAUUCGCUAUAUUCGUCGGCUGUCGUCCGGAAUCACCAGUUGUGUCGGCAUGGACAGAAGCUCGAAAUCGGGGCCUUGUCAUACCGUGUCAAGAUGUGGAUUUAAUCCCGGAGGCUGAGAAGUUCCACACUCUACGUCGCAUGGUUGAGGAUGGGCUUCGGGAUAGUAUCAACGGAUCCAGUUGGAAACCAUCAAAGGAAGACCUCGAUGGUUUCACUUCAGCUUGUCGUGGAUUACCUGUUAUUGCCUCAAUCCGAGUUCGAGAUGUGGAUCUUAGUACACGUCGUGGUGAAACCCUUCGAUCUGAAUUCGAGUACUUCCGCAAUCUCAUUGAUCCACCUGUUAACGUUAUGUCAGAGCACCUGCGCAUACUCCGACGCGCCUACAUGGUCGGCUCGUCCGGAGUUCGUCUAAGUAUAGCCAAGAAGUAUCGCGAAGUAGUUGGCACGAUGGUUGCGGCACAUGAGCCGCUCAGUGUGCAAGACAUGGCACACCUUCUCAGUGUCGCUGAGGCGGAGAUCUAUGCGAUACUGCAACCAAUCAGCUCAAUGGCCAUUCUCCCUUUGCAGAGCACUGAGAAUCUUAAAUUCCGUGAUGCAAUGGUGAAGGAGUUCAUAACGGGGGAUCCAAUCGGUAAUGCAAAUGACCGGGUUUUCUUUAUUAGUGAUGUGAAAGGAUAUUUCCUUGGACUGCCGCUCCUUCGAGUUUUCAAUGACAGCUGUGAUCGGAACACACUCGGGAUACCCACUGAACCUCCUUUAGGAGAUAGAAUGAAAUGGAGAGAUUUCUGGCCGUCGUCUCAGCUGCGUUCUUAUUUUGUUUAUCCCCAUCUCAAAUACCUCACUUAUGCUGCCAACUUUUUACUCGGCCACUUGGAUCCCUCGGAACUUUUCUCACAAGAGUCCAAUGAAUUGCAACAGGAGUUCAAUUCCUUUCUUACGCGAAACUUGCAUGUAUUCACGCUCCUGAUGACGCGCCCGUUUGAAGUGCCUCAAGAAUGGCUUCAAUCCGAAGUAAGUCAUGCAUAUCAUAUUUAUUUGAAUAAUAUAAUGUCACAUUUGACAGCAUUCUGAUACUAUUAAACUUCUGGGUGAAGUUGAAAGAGCACGGCAGCGUCUCGGAUCUAGAGUGGUGGCAGGUGGGGAAUCCAUAGAUUCCCCAUGGAAUCUCUAUCGAUCAUUCCUUCCUUUCACCCCAU